AUGUCGCUCUUCUUCCUCACCUGCCUGCUGGCUGUCUUCCCAGUGGUCUCCAUGAAGAGCCCCAUAUUCGGUCCCCACGAGGUAAAAAAGGUGGAAGGUAGCUCAGCACUCAUCCGGUGCUUCUACCCGGCCACUUCCGUCAAUCGUCAUACCCGGAAGUACUGGUGCCGGCAGUUUGCUAACGGUGCCUGCGUCACCAUCAUCUCCUCUGACGGCUACAUCUCCAAGAACUUUACUAACAGAAUCAGAAUCACCAACUUUCCAGAGAACAACACAUUUGAGGUGAACAUUGCCAACCUCAGGAGCAAAGACUCUGGGAGCUACAAGUGUGGUCUGGGCAUUAAUAACCGAGGGCUAUCCUUUGAUGUAAACUUGAAAGUCUUCCAAGGUAAGGAUCCAGGCUCCUGGGGUAACACCAAAAUCUACACAGCAGUCCCUGGCACAACACUGACCAUUGACUGCCCCUUCAAGCCUGAGGAUGUUAAUAAGCUGAAGAACGUGUUCUGGAAACCAAACAGUGAAAUCCAAUACUCUUUGAUAGCCAACUCCAAUGGCUAUCUGGAUUCUUCACAUUUUAAAGACAGACUAGAAUUUAAGCCUUUUAGCGGUACCAGUGAAUCAAAGUUCAUUUUAAUCAUCAAACACCUCCAGCCCACCGAUGCUGGGAGUUUUAUGUGCUCCGUAGAUAAUAAUCCCAAUCCCCAAAAAGAGAAAGAAAUUAGGCUCCAAAUACUGACGCCUGGACCGGAGCUCGUUUAUGCAGACCUGAGGAGCUCAGUGAGGUUUGACUGUGCCCUGGGCUCCAAUAUGGAAGACACGGCCAUAUUUCUGUGCCGAAUGAAUAAUAACAGCUGCAAUGUGAAGAACUACAAAGUGGUCAUCAACACCGUAGGAGAUAUAAUGCCGACCUUUGAGGGAAGGGUCCGGCUUGCUCCCAAGAGUGACGGCUCCUUCAGCGUGCUGAUCGUUGGCCUGCAGAAGGAGGACGCAGGGCACUAUGUGUGUGGCACCCACAGAUCCGGUCAGCUUCAGGAAGACGCACCCAUUCAGGCUUGGCAUCUCUUUGUCAAGGAAGAGACCUCAAUUCCCCCGAGCCCCUCUGUGAUCACAGGAGUGAAAGGAGGCUCUGUGGCUGUGCGCUGCCCCUACAACCCCAAGGAAAGAGACAGCGACAAGUACUGGUGCCGCUGGAAGAAAAGUCAAAGUGGCGACUGCCCUCUGCUGGUGCACAGCGAGGGCGUGGUCCAGGCACAGCUUGAAAACUACAAGGGGAGGCUCGCACUGCAUGAGGAGCCAGGCAAUGGCACCUUCACCGUCAUACUCAACCAGCUCACCGCCAAGGAUGCUGGUUUCUAUUGGUGUCUCACCAGUGGUGAUGAUCACUGGACAACAGUGAUGAAGCUUGAAAUUGUUGACGGAAAACCAAAGCUUCAAGUGCCCAAGGAUGUCAUUGCAAGGGAGGAAGAAGCUCUCGAGCUCCCCUGCAAUGUAUCAUGCCAAUUCUACUCCUCCGAGAAAUACUGGUGCAAAUGGACGGACAGAGGUUGCAAGGCCCUGCCCAGCCAAGAUAAAGGCCCUAACCAGCCCUCUGUGUACUACAACCAGAAGAAGCAGCUCAUAAACCUGGUCCUGAAUCCAGUCACUGAGAAGGAUGAGGGCUGGUACUGGUGCGGGGUGAAGGAUGGCCCCCAAUACAAAGACACCGCAGCUGUCCACGUAACUGUCAAUAAGGUGAAAGCUGUUCCUGGCAAGGAGGUGAGCAGUCCACGCCUCACGAAGAUUGAGAAGACAGUCAACCAGGACCCCAGACUCCUUCAAGAUCCCAGCCUUGUUGCAGAGGCCAGAGUAGUGGAAGAUUCUAGAAUUCCAGAUGAGGGGAGCAGAGCAUCCCCCGAAGCCGGCAGCUCUACGGGACAAAGUGGGGGCAGCACUAUACUGGUCUCCACCCUGGUGCCGCUGGCCUUGGUGCUGGCCCUGGGGGCUAUGGCACUGGCAGUGGCCAGAAUCCGUCACAGGAGAAAUGUUGACCGGAUGUCAAUUAGAAGCUUCAGGGCAGAUAUCAGCAUGUCAGACUUAGAAAACUCCAGAGACUUUGGAGCCAAUGACAACAUGGGAACUUCUCUGGACAAUCAGGAAACUUCCCUCGGAAGAAAAGAUGCCACCACCACCACUACUGAGCAGACCACAGAGACUGAAGAACCCAAGAAGGCAAAGAGGUCAUCCAAGGAGGAAGCUGACAUGGCCUACACUGCCUUCCUGUUCCAGUCCAACACCAUGGCUGCCGGACCCCACGAUGGCCCCAGUGAAGCCUAGGCACGUGCUGGCCGC